GGAUUUAAACUGCCUUGUAAGAAACAGUACCUGCAUGGAGGUGAGCUGGCUGCAGAUUCCUACGUGGACUCCUUCUGCUCCAAGUAGUCUUCAUGUCUCUUCUGACAUUUUCUGUCAGAUGGAUGGAAACCUGCUCCCUGUGCUUCGGAUAGAAUGGGAAGUGGCCACUGAUGCUAGCAUCCGGUAUCUCCGAGGGGCAGAGCUGGCUGUGAUGCAGGUGAACAGCAAUCAGCAGAUGUGUGCUCAGUUUGACUUUCAGAACAACUUGCCACUUCAGGUCCGUCCGGACGGAGGCCGGUGGAAUUUCACUUUUGACCGUUUUGAAGUGGAACCUGGCCAGACUUACCAAGUGACUGUCUAUCACCUGCCCAAACUGGGUGUACGUGGAGACUACAAUUGCAAGUCCAAGUCUCUCACAAUGCCUGACUGCAAGGACUCUCUGAUGAAAAGGACCACCCCAUGUAUAAAGACAGGCAGCUUGUGGGAGCCCAGGAUCCAAGGUAAAAGUCUAGAUGAUACAACUCUGCUUGUGAGCUUUAACCCAUGGAUGGAGUCAGCCCGAUACCAAAUUCAUGUGGCCAGUUUCCUGAAUGAGAAGAAGUGUAAAAUGAUCACACAUGAUUUCACUGAGAGUGGACUGCAAGAGCAAGUAAAUGUCACAAUCAAAAUAGAGAGGAACAUAAGAGCUUGCUGCAACUACAAAAUACAGAUUCAGCCAUUCUUUGUGAACUGUGGCACAGACUGUCUGAGACACUCUGCUUUCAUCCCAUGUUCACCAGCUCCAAGUACCAACCCAUCAGAUGAUAUGAUUAUAUGGCUCUACUGGUGUAUCACGGGGAUCUGUGUCGUACUGGUGGGAUCAGUCAUAGCAGGUGUGAUUUGUAUGACCAAAAAACGAGCAGGACACCGGCGAGGGAAAUGCAGCCACAAUGAUAUGCAAACUGCAGCACCAUAUACUGACCUUCCUCUGCCACCCUUGAAGCCCCGAAAGGUUUGGAUUGUGUACUCUGCUGAUCACCUGCUGUACGUGCAUGUGGUGAUGAAGUUUGCUGAGUUUCUGAUGACUGUCUGUGGCACUGCUGUAGCUUUAGAUCUGCUAGAAGAUCAUCAGAUCUCAGAGUUAGGGCCAUUACCCUGGCUUACUCGACAGAAGAAGGAAAUGGAAGACCUAUGUUCAAAGAUCAUCAUCUUAUGUUCACGGGGCACCCAGGCCAAAUGGCAGGCCAUGCUUGGGAAUGAGCCUGUGUGUCUCAAGCAAGAUCAGCAAAAGCCAAUGGGAGACCUGUUCACCCCAGCCUUGAAUUUGAUCCUGCCAGAUUUCAAGAAGCCAGCCUGUUUUGGAAUGUACAUAGUCUGCUAUUUUGAGGGGAUAAGCAGUGAGAAAGAUAUACCUGAUCUGUUCAACGUCACAUCCAGGUACCAACUGAUGGACAAGUUUGAGGAUAUUUAUUUUCGGAUUCAGGACUUGGAGAAGUUUGAACCUGGGCGCAUCCAUCGAAUCCGGGAAAUCACAGCUGAAAAUUAUAUUGAUACCCCUAGUGGGAGGAAUUUGAAAGAGGCAGUACAGAAGUUCAAGAACUGGCAAACAGAGCACCCAGACUGGUUUGAGAGUGAAACCGUCUGCUUGGAUAAUGAAGAAGAGUUGCAGUCCCUAAACAGAGAGGGCCAGGUGGAUUCAUUGCCAAGUGAACCGGGUGGAAUUGUGAGACACCAGCUGCACCUACGGGAGCCUGACCCAAACUGCUGUUACGUGAUCAACCUCCACAUGGAUGAAGGUGAAAGUGGGGGCUGUAAAAUGCAACCUCAACUUAAUCCAUGUGGGAAUUCAACUUCUCAGACUAUUGUCCUUCCUACGGAUGAGGCUCCUCUAGUUCAGGUAGUGGAGCCAGUGUCUUCCAUGGAAGAUGGAAAUAUACUUGGUCAUCAUGUGCUGAGUAAUGAGGACUGUAUGGAAGGAGUUCCUCUUCUGGAGACAAGCUUUCCAGCAAGGAAUAACAUCGUCCUCCACGAUGACUCUGAAGUUUCAGCGAUAGACGACCAGAGUCCUGCAAACCUCUCAGGUGAACUGAGGCACCAUCUGAAUGGACUCAUGUACUCUCUUUAUCAGCAGAGUGUCAUUCCUUCUGAGCCAUCUCUCUGCCAAGAGGAGGCUGACGAACAACACCAGUUGGUCUUUGAUGACCAGCACAAAGACCAAAGACAGUCAGUGCAGUCAGACCAGGGCUACAUCUCUAGAUGUUCUCCUCUGCCUCCUGAUGACCUUGUGGAGGAGGAGGAGGAAGAGGAGGAGGAGGAUCAGGAAAAACAGGUGGUCUUCCAUGAACUCUCUCCAGAGGUCUUAAACAAUCUAAAGAGCCUCCAACAGCAGCUGUUUUUCCAGGACAUUCAACAGAGCUCUGACUGGGGCUAUCCAGCUGAGGUGACGGAUGCUGGCCAGUCUUUGGAGGACUUUUAG